GUUUUUUUAUAACCUAUUUAGUUUCUGUCACUACAAAUUAAUCUUCAAAACAAGAGUAUGCUAGUAAAUUUUUUAAAAAUUAUAUUAAAUGUAUCGAUUGCAAUUUUAAUCAAAUAUUUAAUUUUCAUUACAAUAAGUUACUGGUAUGGCAAAAGUAUGACAGGCUCUUCAAAAAGAAAAUUUCGUUUGGAAAAUAAAAAGAAAAAAAUGGCGGCCUUAAUAGAUAUUGUUAAAUUAAAUGAAUAUGAUCGAAAUCAGAAAAAGAAACAUCUAAAUGUUGAUGAAAAUCUUAGUGUGCCUCCAGUUAGGGAGCCCAGCCCCAAGCGAUUGAAAACUGAAGAUAGUGACAAAAACCAACCGACUUUAACAUCUGAGCCACCUCCCCUUAUAGGCGACGACCGAAAAGUAAAACUCGAAGGUGAAGCCUUUCUAGAAUUAAAAAGAAUGCUACGGGAAAAGACACAAAAACUAAGGAACCUCCCCAUAGUUAGGCUUCGAGAGCUAGGAGAAAACGCCAGUUUGAAGGUGGAACUGGACGAUAGAAUACCGUUGUUCUUGUCGGAUCUCCAACACCUUAUUAUGUAUUCCCAGAUAGGCGUCCACGCCCCUUAUAUGCCGAGUAGAUGGUGUGCGUUGGAAAAGUACAGCAAGCUCGAAAAUACCAAUUUAAUAAUAAUAGAAAAUGCGUCACUUUACCAUUAUAUGGCGUAUGAAUCUAUGUUUCCUUUUCUGAGUUCGACCUUUGAACAUAAACUUGAAAUGAUCACUCCUGGUUCAUAUAAUAGUGAUAUUGUUAAGGAUUUAUCGAUGGUCCCCCUUACUGGUACACAAAUGAAGAAAUUUACUAACAGUUUCGGUAGCCUCGAAAAAGCAGUUAUAAAAAGCGACGAAAUCUUCGACACGGUUAAAAACUUCUUCCCCAUAAUGGACACCGAGCCGAGCGUAGCUGACACAUCAUCGAAUAGAAAACUUCCGAAAACCGACAAAUUUUCCCGAACGGAAUUGUUGCUGUCAGGUUGGCAGAUGGUCGAAGAGAAUUUCCCUCUUCCGAUUAAAGGAUUAAUGGAACGAAAGUAUCAGGGGUACGUUUUAACCAAAGAAAAGUACAAAGAUGUUACGCCGUUCAGUCCUAUGUUUGCCGUUGAUUGUGAAAUGUGUCGGACCUCCACAGGUGACUUAGAGUUGACUAGGAUUUCUUGUGUGAACGAAAAGCUAGAAGUAUUUUACGACACUUUGGUCAAGCCCGACAACGAAAUAGUCGAUUACUUAACGAAAUGGUCCGGUAUAAAUAAGAGUAUGAUGAAAAACGUGUCCAAAAAACUAAAAGACGUCCAAGAAGAUCUACAAAAAGCGUUACCGCAGGAUGCAAUUCUAAUAGGACAGUCGUUGGCCAAUGAUUUACACGCUCUUAAAAUGAUGCACCCCUAUAUUAUAGACACAAGUGUAAUUUACAACCUGGUGGGAGACAGAACAAGAAAAACGAAACUUCAAACCUUGGCCCGUCAAUAUCUAAAGGAAGACAUUCAAGUUAGUCGCAAAGGUCAUUGUUCGUCAGAAGAUAGUUUAGCCUGUAUGAAAUUGGUCCAGUUGCGGUUGAGGAAACACUUAUUUUUCGGAGACGCCGUCAUGGGCGGUGUAAAGAACGACAUCAGGACGUACCCGGAAAUGGGUACCGCUCAGUACGCCACGAGCAUGCUGCGACAGUCGGUGAAAGUUGGCAAAACUGCAAACGUAGUAGGCGUGGACGAGCUCGGUUCGAAGUAUAAAUUUUACGUGGACAAAGGAGAAAAUGUGGAAGUGAAUAAUAUUAAUUGCGUGUCGGGGAAGUCGAAUAAAGACGUCGUCCAGCUGUUCUGUGAUUCAAUCAAGAACUAUUCGUUGAAUAUUGCUCAUUUACGAAUAGCCGAUAAUCAAUUGGAGGGGAAUAAUUGUAAGAUAUUUAAAAAUGUGGAUAAAUGGAUUAAGGAGAUACAUGAACAGAGCGUCUCGCCGAGUUUGGUGAUUGUAUUGUUUGCCGGACAGAAGGAAGCCAACGGUGUCUGUUUUCUACACGUUAAGAAAGGACUUGUAUAAAGUUCCUCGACACCUUUUGCACCGUUAUACAAUUGUAAAUAAUUAUUCUUUUUGUUUUUAUAUAUUAUUUUUCAAUCGAUUGAUUUUUCAUGGAUUUUUCCUGAAUACAUUUACAAUAAACACCAUUAUUUUUCCAA